AACAACCGGAAGACUUGAUAGUGGCUGAGGAGUACGAACCAAUGGAGUUUGGAGACUUAAUGGACCCCAUCAACUGGGUUCAUCACAAACCCUUUAUCUUCUCUAACGGUCUAAUCAGUUGGAUGUCUCGAAGGCAAGCUGCCGAGGCAAUCAAGGAACUGAUUGAAAAAGGCGAGGAAGAACCAGAUGACGGUGAGUAG